AGUGGAGCCUUCCUGUACUCAGUGGGGGAUGCAGAACAGCUGAACAAGGCCACAAUUUGCCGCACAAUAAGGAGUGUGUGUCUGGCUAUCAAAGCAUUAGCAGAUGUCUUCAUCUCCUUCCCUGGCCACAGAAGACUCUGUGACAUCAAAGAGGAGUUCUAUAGGAUUGCAGAUGGUCUGCAAUGCUGACUGUGUGAUCAGCAAUGUUGUGGCAAAAUGGCCUGGCUCAGUCCAUGACUCCAGAAUCUUUCGGGCCUCUGAAAUCUAUCAGUGCCUAUCACAAGGUGAAUUCUCUGGUGUGUUGCUGGGAGACAGGGGGUAUGGCUGCCAGCCUUUUCUCCUGACACCUUUCACAGACCCCCAGGAAGCACAGCAGGCCUACAACCAUGCCCAUGCCAGGACCAGGGCCAGAGUUGAAAUGACCUUUGGCCUCCUGAAGGCACGCUUUCAAUGCCUUCACAAAUUAAGGGUCAGCCCUGUUAGGGCAUGUGAUAUUACUGUGGCUUGUGCUGUCCUCCACAAUGUGGCCUGCCUGAGGAAGGAGAGGGCCCCCAGAGUGCCACCAGCCAUGGACUGGGACAAUCCGGCAAUCUUCCCUGAUGACGACAGUGGUCGGCUGCUGAGGGACCAAUAUGUGUUGAAUUAUUUUAGUUAGUAUGUGUGCUUUCAAUUUUGGUUAAAUAUGUCCUGCGGUGGCAGAGGAAUUUGGG